CUACCUUCAACACCAGUGAAGACUCUGAAAAACAAAUGCAGCAGCCUGUGAUGUCCAGCCUGUCCAAAAAGAUUAAAACAAUCCAGGACAACAACCAGCAGGCCCAAAAGACCAUUAAGAAGGAUUCCGUCACCUAUGUCCCAAAGACCAAGUCCGAAAGAACCACCAGCCGAAAGAACCAUGUCAGAAAACUGAAGGAGGAGCGGGAAGGCAGGAUCUGUGUGCGUUACAAAUGUGGCCUGAUCAAGACCAUGCAGUUUGUCAUGGGCCAAAGACCUGGCUGGGUUGAGGUUGCAGAUGAAGAUGGAGAGUGGGAUUUCAGCUGGUGUGAUCUGAGCUGGUUCAGGGACAACUAUUUCUCCUACAUGGAGGAGCACGUGAGGAUAAACCACUUUCGCAAGUGUUACGAGCUGACGCGUAAAAACCUCAUGGUGAAGAAUCUCAAAAGGUACAAAAAAAACCUGGAGAGAGACGUUGGCCAGGAGGAGCUCAGGUGUGACUUUUUCCCGUGCACCUUCGAGCUGCCCAGUGAGUAUCACAUCUUUGUCGAGGAGUUUAAAAAAUGUCCCGGCAACACCUGGAUCAUGAAGCCCGUCGCGAAAUCCCAAGGGAGAGGCAUUUUCCUGUUCAGGAAACUGAAGGACAUCAUUGAUUGGAAGAGGGACAGCACCCGCACAGAGGAGCUGAGGGAUGGACCUCAGGUGGAGAGCUAUGUGGUCCAACGCUACAUUGAGAACCCUUACCUGAUUAACAGCAGGAAGUUUGAUCUGAGGGUCUACGUUCUGGUCACAUCAUUUAAUCCCCUCAAGGCCUGGCUGUAUCGAGACGGCUUCGCCCGCUUCUCCACCACUCGCUUCACUCUCAGUAUCAUUGACGACAAGUACAUGCAUCUCACCAACGUGGCUAUACAAAAAACCGCGCCAGACUACGAUCCCGACAAGGGAGGCAAAUGGUUGAUCCAGCAGCUCCGCAGAUACCUGACGGCAAAACACGGCCGAGGGACGGUGGAGACACUGUUUGCUGAGAUGGACAACAUCUUCAUCCGAAGUCUCCAGAGCGUACAAAACGUCAUCAUCAACGACAAGCACUGCUUUGAGCUCUACGGGUACGACAUUCUCCUGGAUCAGAACCUCAAACCUUGGUUACUCGAGGUGAACGCCUCGCCGUCGUACGCGGCCAGCAGCCGGGAGGAUUUCGAGCUCAAGUGCCGACUCCUGGGCGACACUUUGAACGUUGUGGAUAUGGAGGGAGUGCUGACGGGCAAGGAGAAGAGGGUGGGCGGCUAUGACCUCAUGUGGAACGAUGGGCCCGUUUACAGAGAAGACGUCAACCUAGAGGCAGUUGAGAGUUCUUGUUUGACCGCCAACACACACCUCGGGUGUGUGAACGACAGAGACAAGCAGCUCCGACAGCUACUAAAACCUUUUCCAGGCCAGAAGAAGACACAACUAUAGGAAGACGGAAUCCUCAGUUAUCCAGGCAAACAUUCCACAGAGACGAGUGUGUUGCCACUUACUUGCCGAGACGCUCCGGUUUGAUGAGGAUGUUGAAGUAGGUUUUUUUCAGCUGCUCCGAGAACAUGGCGAAGACGCCGGGCUCGGUGCUGAAGUCUGCCAGGUGAUCCACGAUCAACCUCAACAGCAGCUGAAACACAUUCAAAACAACGUCAUUCAUCUUUUAUGAAUCAACCUUUGUUUUAUGGUUACAGAGUUUUCUUAGCACAUUUGAAAUCCGACAUGUUUUGUUUUUCAGAUUACAGAGAUCCUUCUUCUGUGGUAUUUAACAGCAGCUUGCAUUCACGAUGUUAGAAAACUCCUACACCACCCAGUCCAUCAUAUUCUCUCUUUUCUUUUCAUCUCCUGUCAUUUUUUAUCUCCAUCACGUUCCAUUAAAGGACUUGUUUUUGUACUGACACAAACCUGAACUAUCACUUUAAGAGAAAGUGAAAUAAUUAAACAACGCAAUGAUUAUCUCACGUAAUCACAAACCUUAUAAAACCCUUUUAAUCUGCGUUAAAAAGGUAUUUAAAUUAAAGCCUGGAAGCCAAACAUUAAAGUGAUUUCAUCUGAAAUUUCGACCAAAGUUGAAAUUUACUUCUACUUCAUUUUUAACCAACUUUAAUGAUUUUAAACAUUCUAACUAAACUGCAAACUUGAGAGUACCAUGUACAUAUGUCAAAAUAAACUUUGACGCGACACUGUAUUCACCAGCAAGAAAACAACAAAAGCUGGACCCCACUUCAUCGAUGUGUCCUCACCGGCAGU